AAGUGUUGUUGGGUGUGAUUUUGAUGCACCCUAUUUUCUUAAUCUCUGUGUGUUGUCGCUUUUGACUAUAAAAUAACUCAUAAGUGUGCAGGAGAUGGUAUAAAUAAAUUUACAUUUGAUCAUUUAACAGAUGCGAAUGAGGCAAACAGUAUAAGCAAUCACAUAAGCAAAAUGGGAAAUCAUGUGCAAGUACAUUGUUAACUGGGCUCAGCACAUUAACUCAACACUCAACACUUGCUUAACACAUCAUACAUAGCUAUUUUUAAUUAAUUAUGGAAAAGAUAGAAAAGCAACAGAAGUUACUGCUAGUGUAAGGUGUUAUUCCCAGUCGCCAGUUGUCAUACAAAAACAGUGUUUUAAAGUGGGAGUAACAUACAGGGUUUCUGCCAAUCUCAGACUAAUCUUGAGUACUUAUGGAGUAGAAUUUCAUAUUUCGUAUCUUCGACAAGUAUUUAGUUUGAUCGCAUUUUAAAAAGAUAGAAACAGCUUUACGAUUGUUUCCGAAAACAUACGGCGCAUGUGGGAGGAGGGGUAGGCUGAACCAAAGCACGUGCGCACCCAUUGUCAACAAAACACAGACAUCAGUUUCACUCACCGCAUGGGGUUCAUGUCCGGCAUCUUAUAGCGCUGGGACGGCUCAACAUAUCAGUUUCAAAUGAUCUCCAAAUCCAGCGUUAUAUCCACAGUUUAUAUAACAUUCAUCACCCAAAUGCUGUGAACAAACCAACACCUGAACUUCGCGAACGCAUGCUCUCUCUCCUCCACACAAGUGAAAGUGACGUCUGUGCAUGCCCUCCUGCUCUCCAGUGGCCGUGCCGUGUCCUUUUCCGGAAAAAUAAAAAUAUAUGUAAAAAUAUAUGUUCGAAAAAAAGUUUCCGAAACCUGGGCUCCUGUACGAUCGCUGGGGGAAAUUCUACGUAAUAUGCCCAACUCAUUUUUUGACAAGUUUACCAUGUUUGGUAUGAGAAGACAGCACGUUUAACAUAGUAAAGAAGUCAGAUGGCAUUACACAUCGUUGCAUGGCCGCUUUAAAACUACUGCCGUUUCCACAUGCAUUUAAGAGAAAAAUCUGCAUUUACACUAACACCAUCGAAAACGCAAUUUCACAUAUUGAAGUGCGCAUGCCCAGUGGAGGUAGCUGUAUACCUUCUUGGCAACGGUCCUUGGGGUGCGAGGCUGGUCAUUCUCGCCUCAGGUAUCGUAAUGGCUCAAAGGACUGGGGCUUAACGAAUCAGGAAAGCAAACGCAAUGAUACAGACGACCCAACCAAUAAGAGAAUGUGGCAACCACGCCUGCCUAUUCAAAAGUCUCCAUUUUCUAGAGACUUUAACCCAAACCCCGGAGAUUUCAAACUAAAACGGGGUCUGCAGCCUUUCCAAAAGUCUCAGUUUUUGGGGGUCAAAAGCUCCUGAGUAUUGUUGUGUAUGCCAGGCGUAACCGUAGCAAAAGUUUUGCGUCUUUGAAGGAAAACUCACAAGUGUAAACACCAACUUAUUGGGUCAAAUGUUCACAAAAAAGGUGAAUCUUCAGUCGUCUCUUAAAUUGACCAAAUAUGAUGCUUUCUGCAUUUCCAGAAAGUCCAGUAAUACUUUCUGGAAGUUAACUUGUUUCAGGUUAUCAAAAGUAAAAUCUAAGAUAGCCAUGUGUUUUGUCUUGUGCUUUGUCAGGUCUAGUUGCAUUAUGUGCUACUAGUUCAGACUUUAUUUACCUGUGGAUUUAAGUGUUGCUGUCAUCUCUGUUCACCUGCAUUAAUAUUGUCAUCUAUUUACUUCAGCUCCUUGUGUGUGGCAUUGUCAAUCAGUCAGUGUCUUACAGAUACCAGUUUAUAUCUGCUAUACAUUUUUAUAAUUGUUGUAUAUUUGUGUGGUUGACAUGGUAUUGUUUUAUAGCUUCUCUGUUUCUCAGAUCAAGAGGUUGUUAAUUUACUCUACUAUUUUUUUGGUGUUUUUUUAAGUAACCUUAAACUACCAUGACAAGAAUAUGCAAAGAUCAGCUUAAAGGUGAUUCAAGAAUUUGGUAACACAAAAAGAUAGUAUUUAUAAAAGGGGUCAUGUGGCGCGAACAGUGUUUUUUGGUGUCUUUGGUGUGUUAUAAAUUUCAUUCAUGUAUUAGAAACGUGAAGUUGCAAAAAAUGUUAAUAUCGGAACAAAAGAUGCAUUCUAUCUAAAAGUGAAUGCUUACCCAGACCUGCCUGAUAUGACUCGUGUUACCACACCCCCACAAAUCUACUUCAGUUCGUGGUAUGAUUCGACCAAGACCGCCCAAAUGUAUACGCAAGGAAGGUGGGCAUGCCUGUCAGUACAACUGCUUUGGAACCUGAUGUUCCAAAUAUGCUAAGAGGCAUUACAUUUCCGUCACAUGCUUGCAGUAUUUCAACCAAUCACUACGCACUGAAUAACUGGCCAAUCAUAGCACAUCUUGCUUUUCAGAGCGAUGAGCUUUGUGAAAAAUCUGUGCGUUUCAGAGAGGCGGGACAAAUAGUAGAUACAAACAUGCAGGCAAUGUGGAAAAAACUGUGUGUUCUAACCUUUAAUCGUGUUAUCACAUUGCAUUACAUCUAAAACAAACAAUUAUACUUGUUUAAGCCGUGUCAUAUGACCCCUUUAACAUUAGUCAAAGGUCCAAUGUGUAAGGAUCUAUACACUCGUUCUCACCCCCGACUUGUCACAUAUUAUUUCGACCAGCGCCCCUCUGCGUCGCCUUUAACAUGCAAGGUACCCCUUUGGCAUUUUUUAGGUUAAGGUUAUUCGCUAUAGUGUUUAAUUCAUUGCAUUUGUAAAAAUAUUAUUGGUUUCAUAAAUAUUUAUUGUUUCAAAGAUAUUUGGAGCACCUAAACCUAACCACUUUUUAACCAUAAAACACAACACAUGAUUAAAAGUACAGUCACAGUUAUUUUUAGCAAAAACAGGCCCAAAAACUGUUUAAAAGUAUUACAAAUAAACAACUCGCAUCGCAGACCUUUUGAACCUAAGUCGUACGAUAACUUCAUUCCGAGAUAACUUGAAAUAACUUAAUUCAAGAAUGCACACAGUCACCAGCCCCCGACCGUUCAAAUAUAAACCAGAAUGUAAGCAUGAUGACACAGUUGAUCACAGGAGACAAUACACUUUUAUGUUCAAAGCACUAAGUAGACGUAAUGACACAAUCUGUUAGGAGACACAAGAAAGGCAAUGGUAUUGCACAAACGAAACUGACGUAAUGCUUUCUUCUUGGUGGCAGUUUUUGAAUGUCUGUAACCUGAACCUGAGAUGUAUGGCGGAUGGUGAUCGCUUUGGCUUUGGUACACUUAUAUUUUACGUUACUUGCUCAAACUACCUGAAUAGCAUCACCUAAACACAAUUAUCCUGGCUGUAAGCUGAAAAUCAAACCCUGACACAAUUUAUAAUGUCUGUGUUUGACGCCAAUGGUUUCUAAUGCAAAGCAACUGAUUACCCUGCACAUUGGAAAAACAUCACAGAAGGGGUAGCCUACGUUUUAAAAAGUUGGGAGCUAGAAUGGGUUAGAUCUAUUGACAGAAAUCCAAUAUAAUAUACAACUACCUCUUGAGAGGUGUAUACAUACAUAGUGAAGCGCUGUGUUUUUAUUACCUUAGAAUCUAUCUACAUACACUGCGGGUCCCCGCACAUGGAAUUCACCCUUUUGUUUCUUCAGUAUCUCUUAACAGACAAAUUGCUAUACAGAUUACGUUUCAUAAAUAUGUUAUUUUAUUCAGGAAAGAAGCAAAAACGUGACAACAUCUUAGUUCCUAGUGAGCAUUUAAUAUUUAUUUGCAUUCAUUCCAUUGUCCACGUCUUUGUUGAAUACAAUGCAACCUGUAUUUAGCUUUUUUGGAAAGGAAUCAAAGCAUGCGGUCAUGUGUAAAAACGUGUCCUUGGUAAUCUUCAUUUAAGCACUUCAUUCACUCCAAGUUUGUUUGACUGCUCUGUGUUUGAGCUUAAAUCAAUCUCUCUUCGUGAGUUCGUGUUUUGCGUGACAGACUUGUGUUUACAUCCAUACAGGGAGAAGCUGAUAAUAAUCAUUGACUUUGAGGUAUAGUAGUGCAAGCCCAUAGUGACUUGCAGAAUUCUUUUGAAAGCCAGUAUUGAAAUGGAAGGGGAUUGUUUGAAUAAUUUCCAAAUAUGUACACGCUUUGAAACCACCUGCUAAUGUGAUUUACAGCUUUUGAAACAAGUGGAAAUUAAAUUCUGGGGUUAAAAUAAGUCUUCGAAAGUAUUAACCUGAAGCAGGCACUUGAUCCUCUUUACCUUUGUGUCAGGAGAGUUAUCUGUAGAUAACUCUUUUAACACAGAACAUUCAGUUUGUUUGAAAUAAUUAACCCAGACUAACAUCUAACCUACUUUUUGGACUUUAAACCACAGUGCAAUGACAGAAUGCAUAAAAGUUUGGUGCUCAUUAGCUGACACUGAGGGCUGUGCAAUCUGUCUAUCCACAAUCACCUGCCCCUUGUCUUGUCUAUGUUAAAAGUCAUUGGUAGUCCUUCUCGUUAAAACACUGUAUUUUCUGCCUAUUGUAUUGAUAUUGGAGCCAUGGUUAGAGCACUGAGUGUUUCUGCUCUGGGGCUUAUAGCCUUGCUAUGCUGGUUCACGUGCGAGCCCGUGCAGGCUGGAAAAGUUCUUGUCACACCGAUGGAUGGCAGCCAUUGGCUUAGCAUGAAGAUCCUAGUGGAGGAGCUGUCUCAACGUGGACACGAGGUGGUGGUCCUCGUACCUGAGACCAGCAUUCUGAUGGGAAGUUCUGGUAAUUACAUCACUAAAAGCUUUCCUGUGCCCUACAACAGUGCUGAAUUAAACUUUAACUUGAACAAUAUUAAGAAGCAGGCAUUGGAAAAGCCCCCGGAUAUUUCAUCUUUUUUCACAAAUUUACGGAACCUGGUCAAAUUCGUAAACCUACAGGUGAAAGGUUGUGAAAUGCUGCUGUACAAUGAAACCAUGAUGAGGAGUCUCGGAGAGAUGGGAUUUGAUGCCUUGCUCACAGAUCCUUUCCUGCCUUGUGGUACCAUCAUUGCUCAGAAGUUUUCACUUCCCACCAUUUACUUCCUGCGCGGGAUUCCCUGUCGGCUGGAUGAGGCGGCGGCCAAAUGCCCUUCACCUCCAUCUUUUGUCCCACGUUUCUUCACUGGCUACUCGGAUAAGAUGAGUUUUGCUCAGAGAAUAAACAACAUGAUUAUGACAACAGUGGAACCUUUCCUCUGUCAAACAAUGUUUGCCAGCUUUGACGAACUGGGAAGUAGAUAUCUAGAGAAAGACACUACAUACAAAGAGCUUUUAAGUCAUGGUGCGAUCUGGCUUCUGAGGUAUGACUUUACCUUGGAGUACCCCAAACCCAUAAUGCCUAACACAGUCCAAAUAGGGGGCAUUAACUGUGCUAAGAGGGAUCCCUUGUCAAAGGAGCUGGAGGAGUUUGUCAAUGGUUCUGGAGAGCAUGGGUUUGUGGUUUUUACUCUGGGCUCGAUGGUGUCACAGUUACCCGAAGCCAAAGCCAGAGUGUUCUUCGAGGCAUUUAAGCAGAUACCUCAGCGGGUGCUGUGGAGGUACACAGGACCCGUGCCUGAAGAUGCACCAAAGAAUGUCAAACUGAUGAAGUGGCUUCCCCAAAACGAUCUUUUAGGCCAUCCUAAGGUUAAGGCUUUUAUUACACAUGGCGGAUCACAUGGAAUCUAUGAAGGUAUCUGUAACGGCGUGCCAAUGGUGAUGCUUCCGCUGUUUGGCGAUCAGGGAGAUAACGUCCAACGCUUAGUAUCCAGAGGGGUUGCAGAAUCUCUGAGUAUUUAUGAUUUGAGCACAGAAAAACUCUUGGUGGCGUUGAAAAAAGUCAUCACUGAGAAAAGAUACAAGGAAAAUAUGACAAAGCUUUCAGCCAUCCAUAGAGACCGUCCUAUUGAGCCCUUGGACCUGGCUGUGUUCUGGACUGAGUUUGUUAUGAGGCACAAAGGAGCAGAGCACCUCAAACCCGCAGCCCAUGAGCUGAAUUGGAUACAGUACCACAGUCUAGAUGUUAUCGGCUUUCUACUUCUCAUUCUAGUGACUGUUAUUUUUGUGACUGUAAAAAGUUGCAUGUUCUGUUUCAGGAAGUGCUUCAGGAAGACUCAGAAAAAGAAGAAGGAGUAGUUAAAUUAUGUGAUUGUGAAGUAUUUGUUGCGUUGAUUGUGUGUGGAUUGUGUCUUUGUCUUUUUAAUAACUCUGUAACUUAAACCUAGUCCGGGUUUAUGCCUCACAUGGCCACAUUAUUUCGAUUAAAAAAAUUGUAAAAGAAAACAUGCUGUCAGGAUAAGACACAGAGUUUAUAUCAAAGUAACAGGCUUCAUUUAUAUUAAUAUUGUCAUUUCAAAUUCAUACAUUUUAAGAACAGCUCACUUCAUAAUAAACUUUUCUAAAUUCAAAAAUAUUCUAUGAUCAGGUACCCAAAUGACUAUUACAACAUUACUAAGUAUAAAAAUGUAACCAAUUUUCUGUAUUUCUGACUAUGAGUAAAAUGAAUGAAUGAAUGAUUUUAUUGCCAAGUAUGCUUACACAAAGGUAUUUGUUUUUGUUAUUGAGCAUUCACUAUAGAAAGGACGGAGACAAACAAACUGACAACAAAGAAUAAAAUAAAGAGAAGGAGAUUAAGAAUAGGCCUACAUAUAAAAAAAUAAUCAAAUUACAAUUAAACAAUUUAGAUAUAUGGUAUGUGUUUAUAAGAGCACAGAAACAAGUGUGCUAUAAACAACAAAUGUGUAGAAAAUAAGUAUACUGAAAUGUAUAAUACAAUGUAUAUACAGCACAAAUACUAAUGUACAACAACAGAUAUGUGCAGAGUUCAUAUAAAAUAAAUACAUGUCUAUGGUA